AUGGCGGUGCUCAACAGAGAUGGGCUACAACAACAUGAUGACGAAAGAUGCUCUCUCUUUUCCGCAUCUACUACAAGAAUAAAGACGAUUCUCAGCAAUCAGACUGUCGACAUUCCAGAAAAUGUCCACAUCAUUCUGAAGGGAUGCACUGUUAUUGUGAAGUGCCCCAGAGGAACCCUGGGAAGGGACUUCAAUCACAUCAAUGUAGAACUCAGUCUUCCUGGAAAGAAAAAGAAGAGGCUCCAAGUUGACAAAUGGUGGGGAAAUAGAAAAGAACCGGCUACCGUGUGCACUAUCUGUAGUCAUAUACAGAUCAUGGUCAAGGGUGUUACAUGGGGCUUCUGUUGCAAGAUGAGGUCUGUGUAUGCUCACUUCCCCAUCAACGUUGUUAUCCAGGGGAAUGGUUCUCUUGUUGAAAUCCGAAAUUUCUUGGGUGAAAAGUACAUAUGCAGGGUUCAGAUGAGGCCAAGUGUUGCUUGUUUUGUAUAUCAAGCCCCGAAAGAGGGGUUAAUUCUUAAAGGAGAUGACAUUGAACUUGUAUCACAUUCAGCUGCUUUGAUUCAGCAAGCCACAACAGUUAAAAUCAAGGAUAUCAGAAAGCUUUUGGAAAGUAUCUGUGUUUCUGAAAAAGGAACAGUUCACAGGUUGAUGAAUAAGAUCUAAGUUGUCCAGCUACAGAAACAGCAAGGUGACAGAUGAUUUUUCAGACUUAUUUGUAAUAUUUUAAAGAUGCAAGAAAGGCUGUAUUAAUUUGGG